AUGGCCACUCCAGAGUAUGAGUCCAAGACCAUCAAGCUGCAGCAGCUGGGCAAAGUCACCACAUGUGAGGCACUGUCUGUGGUGGAUGACUAUGAAGGGAAGUCUGCACGAGAGAUAAAAGACAGGAUUUGGGACACAGCCGGGCAGGAGCGCUUUCGAACCAUCACCAGCAGCCAGCGGCCCAGCUACUACCGCGGCGCUCAUGGCAUCAUUGUUGUCUAUGAUGCCGCCCGGCAGAUGGCCAGAAGAUUUUCAGCCUUUGCUGAUGUUGCCUGUGAGGUGACUGAUAAGGAGUCCUUCAACAACGUGAAGCAUUGGGUCCAGGAGAUUGACAAGUACGCAGCUGAUGGCGUGAACAAACUCUUGGUGGGCAACAAGUGCGACCUGUCUUCGAAGAAGGUAGUGUCAUAUGAUGAGGCCAAGGAGUUGGCGGACUCCUUUGGCAUCCAGUUCAUGGAGACCAGCGCCAAGAACGCCCACAACGUGGAGCAGGCCUUUCAGACAAUGGCCAAGGAAAUCAAGCAGCGCGUGGCGUCGCAACCGCAGGCCAAGAGCGGUGCGGGCAGCACCACCUUGGGCGCUGGACGUCCUGUGAAUCAGGGCGCUGGCGGAGCUGCGUGGUCGCGUGAACCAGCGGUGGCGGAAGAGCGUGCAGAGUUUGGCCACCGUAAAGUUGCGGAUCUCGUGAUGAGGCUCCACAGCGGCACAGCAGAGGCCUUCCACGACCUGCUUGGCCCCUUGGAGGAGCCAACAGCCACAUCUCCGCGCACAGAUACGUACGAGCAGGACUUCCGCAACGAGCUUCGUGACGCAGUGAGGGCCUGCGACGUCGAACGUCUGGGCUCUGUGCUGGACAGUGGGUCAUCUUUGCCCAGCGCACGACGUGUAGAGAUCUUGGGUGAGAGUGAUGGCAGUGGACGUACGCUGCUGCAUCUCUGUCCCACCUGGGCCAACAGUAACAAUGCCACGAAGGCAGUGAGGAAAUUGCUGGACAGCUCGGCCAAUUGCGACGCAGUGGACGCCUUUGGUCGCACCCCUUUGGAGGCGGCCAUUGAGUCCUGUGCGCAGCGCGAAAUGGAGGAUCCUGAGCCAGUGCUAAAGCUCUGUGAAGCGCUGAUACCCCACAGCAGUACACAGGUGUUCUUGGAUAAGCAGACUGGCGACACUGCGAUCGGUCGUGCGGUCGUGACCUUGCUGCAAGACCACGGUGUAGCAGUUGAAGUGGAAGGAGAGCCAGCGCCCACGGAAGCAGUUGAGGAGAGCACUGUAGCUGCAGGCCGGGUCGGUCUUCAACCUGAUCUCAGUGCUGUUACUAUGACCUUCGAAGAUCAGUUACCAGCAGUGUAGUUCAGGACAUCAUGAACACGGCAGUUGCUAUGCAGCGUGCUGCAAGCUGCUAGGAUUGCUAAUUCGUUCCGAGCCCUUAGUUCUUUAAAUUGUUUGGGACCGCAUGCAGAAAGGACAUGCAUUGCUCUUAGCUAGUGGCGUG